AUGGAUAAGAAGAUCCACCUAGAGGUGGGCUCCAACUCGUCCUCGGAAAAGAUCGAGAAAAUCGACACGUCGGGGAAUACCGACGCUGCGCAACUCCAAGAACUCUCUGGCAUCGAGCAGACUGCUGCAUCUAAGGGAGCAUGGCUGAUCAGUUUUGUCAUUUCGCUUGGAGGUCUUCUCUUCGGCUACGAUACUGGAUACAUCUCCUCUGUACUCGUCACGAUUGGUACCUCCCUUGGCCACGAACUCAGUUCCUCAGAACAAGAACUCGUCACAUCGCUUACCUCCGGCGGCGCAUUCGUAGGGGCUAUCUGCGCUGGUCUGACAGCGGAUAGAUUUGGCCGAAAAAUGCCCAUCUGGUCGGCUUGUAUCGUCUUCAUCAUCGGCACUGUCCUGCAGACUGCCGCUUAUCACGUCGCACAAUUCGCUGUUGGCCGCUUUGUGGUUGGACUCGGCGUUGGAAGCGCAGCCAUGAUCUGCCCACUUUACAUCUCUGAGCUUGCUCCUGCGAAGUACCGCGGUCGCAUGGUGGCGUUCAACAACAUGUCGGUGACAUUCGGACAGUUGUUUGCAUCUGCUCUCGGCGCAGGUUUUGCUCAUGUCAAGGGUGAAGGCUGGCGUGCGACAGUGGGCAUCGGUGCCGUUCCCGCUAUUCUCCUCGGUGGACUCCUGUUCACUUGCCCAGAAUCUCCACGUCAGCUUGUCGCGCAUGGUAAGAUGGAACAGGCUGAGCAGGUUCUUCUUCGACUCUACCCUGGUUCGACCGAGCAACAGCGCCGAGCGAAGAUGGCGAGCAUCGAGCUCAGUAUCCACCAGGCCACACAGACGAUGGUUGACGAUUCGCUCUGGAAGACUUUCAAGUCGAUUUUCAAGAACAUGGCCACGCUUCGCGCUGUGGGUACCGCUUGCAUCAUCAUGGCUUUGUCUCAAUUCAGUGGUUUCAACACGCUCAUGUAUUACUCGGCUACCCUGUUCAAAAUUGUUGGCUUCAACAAUCCCACGGGAGUCGCUAUCGCCGUCUCAGGCGCCAACUUUGUGUUUAGCGCUCUCCUCCUCGUCGUAGUAGACAAGUUUGGACGUCGCAAGAUCUUGCUUGUCACUGUCUUUGGCAUGUUUGUCUGCCUUACGAUCGCCGCCGUAGCCUUCUCUUACAUUCCCGUCGACCUGCACACACUCGAGGUUACCAGCGACCAAAUCGGCUGGCCAGCCUACUUGUUGAUCGCCAUGAUUAUCAUCUUCAUCGGCUUCUACGCGUCUGGUAUCGCGACCAUCGCCUGGAUCGGCACUGAGUUCAUCCCUAUGGAAGUCCGUGCUGUUGGCACUAUGUUGAACACAGCCACGUGCUGGUCGACGAACAUCAUUGUCGCAUCUACCUUCUUGUCCAUGAUGAAGGGUAUCACCCCAUCGGGAGCCUUUGGCUUCUACGCUGGACUCAUGUUCAUUGGCUGGAUUUUCAUCAUCUUCUGCUUCCCUGAGGUUCGCGGUAUGCCCUUGGAGGCUGUGCGCGAGGUCUUCGAGAACGGUUUCGGUGUCAAGUAUGCGAAUCAGUGGCAGAGGGAGAACAAAGAGUUCGCAAAGAUGCAUGACCAGGGCCCGGCUUUCGGACAUUGAGCUUGUAAACCAUAGUAGUUCUUUGACAAAGUGCUUCAUCAAUCAAAUCACAUCCCAAAAGUGUGCCGCGGCCCGAUGUGAAUAUUUCUCAGUGUUCAAGACGCACAUAACUCGCCUUUGCCCUAAUCAGCCAAAGUUCUGUCAGCUUUGGACAACCAAACUUGCAAAGUACAUCCAACAAGUUCACGA